CUUCAAAAAAAAAAAGUGGGUUCUCUCAAGAAAAAAAGUAACUGGAGGUGGGAGGCCGGAGAGGGGAAAGAGAGCGACAGAAGGGCGACCAUGGCGGCGGUGGAUCUGUCGAAGCUGGUCAAGGAGAAGCGGUUCUGGGCAGCCUCCUUCCUCAUCGCGUGGGCGGCCGCGCUGCAGGGGCACAUGAUGUGGUUGAAGCGGCAGGACGCCUUCAAGGACAAGUUCGGCGACCCCGAAGCCCCCAACAAGGUCACAGAGCAGGGGCACCAGCAGCCGCCGGCCGGCGAGCAGGGGGAGCUCACCGCCGACGCCGAGAUCAGAUAGAGAUGUUCCAACGGCAGCAAUUGUCCGUCAGGUUCUUCAGUGCUUGCCUUCCAGCUCCGGUGAUGGAUGGCUUAAUAUGUGAGAACCAUGUUGGGUCAAUGCCGCCAGGUUCAGUUUCUUCCAUGCUUGUUAAUCUGAUUUUGAGUACCAGCAGCAGCACUGCAGAAGAAGAAGAAGAAGAAGAAGAAGAAGAAGAAAAUCAGGAAGAGGGAGUUUUGCUUCCAAGUCUGAUGGAUGGUGGAUCACUCUCUUUGCUUCCGCUGGUGGAUGGAGCAUCUAUCUAACUGAUUUUAUUUAAAUUGGUGUAGUGGGAAGCUGGCUGUGUGCUUGAAUUAUGCCCUCCGCUCACUGAAUGAGUUGCAAUUUCUCCACCGGAAAGAGGUCAUCAUCUGUCGAAAAAUCGUUAUUGCCUUUCUAGUGACGAGUACCGGAUCGACCAGUGGGUCUGCAGUAGAUACUUGUGUGCUGAGUCUUUUUUUAAGCAAAUUCUUUUUGCUCAUGGCAUUCAUGGACGUA